AUGAGGCCCAUAAUAAUCGUCGAGGCUCGGUGCUAUGGACAGAAUGCGCGACAGCUGGCUUUACGUACUGGCAAGAGAACCAUGGCGACGCGUAUGGAGCCCAGCAAAGUAAAAUAUGAAUUCAUCGAGGAUGUCGAACGCGUGGACUUUUAUGUCCCAGGAGGCUAUCGCCCUGUCAGUCUUGGGGAUGAUUUUUCCUCUGGUCAGUACAAAACCGCUGACAAACUCGGCUUUGGCAACUUGGCCACAACUUGGCUAGCAGAAGAUGACGAAAAGGGUCGCCUCAUCACCCUCAAAUCUUGA